AUGAACUUCAUAUCUAGUCUCAAACAAUGUGUGCGCUAUACAGGACGUCUGCUAUUCUACAUCUUCCUGAUCUCGCUGCCAGUGGCCGGACCUCCAAUCGUCUGGGGCAUCGCGACCGGCAUCAAGUUCCACUUCUGGCAAGCCGACCAGAUCCUCAAGAAUACGAAUGCCUUGACGUUUGAGAUCGAUCAGCAUAGCCGGAUGAGCUACUGGAACGUCCCUGGCGCCCAAACAAUUCAUCAAUUCCAGGACAACCAAGCUCCCUCUACCUUGGACGAGUAUGCGAGUAUCGAUCGGAUGGGCAGCCUGGACGAUCUGGUCAGGUCCGGACCGGAUAAUUUGCCAACAGAGUAUUGGAUUUAUGUCACCUUCAUGCCCGAGUACGGUGGCAGUGAAUGGGACAAGGCCUUCAGCGAGAUCCUACAGCAAUCGUAUGCUCGACCGGCUCACCCAAAGACAGCGUUCUUCUACGUGAGCUGUCUGAAAACCCAGUUCCUCUGCGGUGUUUGGGGUGUGAAAGCUCCGUCCCUUGUCCACCUCACCGUCGAGAACUACACAGUCGCUGACUCGAUGGAGAUGGAGCCUGUCGACCAUUCACAGCACCUGUCAUAUGACUAUGGCUGCCCACCCGACAAGGUUCGUCCUGUCACUGCUCGGGUCAUUGAGCUACCUCUUGAAGACGACCACGCGAUCCACUUUCUACCUCGAAAUGUGCUCCCAACGCCGUUUCUUCAGCUUCGCACCUUGAUCUUCGAUGCGCCGCGGUCGGCCAUUGUGGACCAAUUCGACCCGUGGAAUCCCUUGAUGCAGGAUCUGGCCCGCUUCCAUGACCGGUUACUAGAUUUGUGCGAUAUACGUGGAUCUGGUUGGUACUAUUUUGACAAAGCGGAUCAGUGGUACGAGAAAUAUGUCCUCAAGCCCGUCCUCGGCGGAGAGAUCAAUGACGUGGUGGUCGGCGUGGUUCAACCUCUUACCUUCUCGAUAUCGCUCGCCAUUGCCUCAAUAGUUCGUAUGCCAUUCAACUGGGGCUGGUCUCUAUACUCGUUGUAUUUCGGGCUUGGGUGGGAUGGCGAACCGUUGGGGACGCAUACGUGGCCUGGUGAAGAAGACUUAAAUGAGGAUGGCUAUGCUGGCAUGUGGGGAGAUAUGAUAUCCGGCUUCUGGGACUUUGCGGCGGAGAAGAUGGCGGCGCAGGAGGUGGAAGCUGCUGCUUCGGCUGCGGUCACGAGCAGGGUUCCUUAA